GUGUAGGCUGUGUUCAACGGGAGCCUGUGACGUCGCGGCCCGUUCCGGUAACAGUCGGCACUUUGAUCAGCCUCGUUUAGUCUUCUCGUUAAAUCGUUAAAUCGUUUUUUUCUCCGCCGGUGGAAACUUCUUCUUCUUGGUUCCGGCGCUGGUUUCAAAAUGGUGGCUGUGUCAGCGGAUUACCGUGAGUGUUCUUAGCUGGAGCUAAGCUAGCUAACGUUAGCAUACAUCUGAGUGCUAUGGUUCCAGCAGCCUGGAGUCCCUCAGCUGAACAGGUCAGUGGAACCGUCAUGUAAACACACCGACAGGAACCCGAACCCGAACCCGCUCGGUGUCAGGGUGGCUGCGGCGGCGUCCUGGUGGAGGAGUAGUCUAAUGGAGAGCGACUGUCGGAUCCCCGUGGCGUGUUGUCGUCCCCGGGUCCUGGUCCUCCACGCUCUGUUCUGGGGCCUCGUGUCCCUGAGAGUGUUUGGAGCCGCUCUGCUGAGUGAGGAUAAAACUACAGCAGUGAAACCCGUGGUCGCCCCCUGCUGGCUGCAGGAGGACUUCAUUGUGACCUCAGCGUGUUUGCAGUGCGACGCCUUCCAGGCUAAGUCGUGGUCGUCCUGUGGACAGACGGGCUACGUGGAGAAAAUCAACUGCACCAGAUCCAACAAAGACGAGUACAAGAGCUGUCGGUCGGCGCUGAUGGAGGAGCAUCUCUUCUGGAAGUUCGAAGCGGCCAUGUUGGCUCUGACCGUUCUCUUCGCCAUCGUGGUGGUCGUCCGUCAGCGGUGGCUCGACCGUCUGGCAUCGGAGAAGGUCCGCCGUCAGAUUGAGUCCAUCUAGGACUCGAGGACCUGAUCCGGUCCUGGACAGUAUUUUAAUGUGCGAGUUCAACGGGUCUGGAUUCUGAGAUCCAUCAGGACUAAGGGAACCUGCCGGGAACUGGACUUUUCUUUCCAAGAGGAACUUUAUUGAACAUGACAGGAGGAGACGAUAUGGAGGCAGAGCACAGACCAGAGAAGUCUGAAUCUUUUAACUUGAGCUUUUUUACUUUACCAAGAUCUUCACUCGUAAAAAUUCAAAAGAUGAAUUCUCCAAGAAUUUUAUUUCAGACUUAAACCAUUGAAACAUCACACGUGUUGUCAAAUCCUUCAAUUCAAUCUGAAUGGAGAAUACAACCUCAUAAAUUGUUCAAGCAUUAUUUUCAAUAUGAAACAAAUAAAAGUUGAAUCAUGUCAGAACCGA